UGCCUUUUACCGAGGUUUACGGCCACGCCCACCUAAACCACCAUUAACUUAACUAGCUAUAGUGCAGUGGCCAUAGAUCUAGGCACACAGUAGACAGACAGUGACUUUAUAGGAGAUCAGGAUGGGCCUGGUUUGGGCGAAGCUAUGGAAAAUGUUUGGUCGUGAAGAGUACAAGAUUAUUAUAACUGGGCUGGAUAAUGCUGGGAAGACCACCAUCUUGUAUCAAUUUCUGAUGAACGAGGUGGUCCACACCUCACCCACAAUAGGGAGCAAUGUAGAGGAGGUCAAAUGGAGAAACCUUCACUUUGUUAUGUGGGACAUCGGUGGUCAAGAGAGCCUGAGGCAAGCAUGGAGUACCUACUACAGUGGGACCAGCUUCCUCAUCCUAGUGGUGGACAGCACUGACAGAGAGAGACUCACCAUCACCAAAGAAGAGCUCUAUAAAAUGCUCAGUAACGAGGAGCUGAAAGGUUCUGGCGUGCUCAUAUUUGCCAACAAACAGGACGUGAAGGGGUCAAUGAGUGCAGCAGAGAUAUCUCAACACCUCAAUCUGACCUCCAUCAAGGAUCAUGGCUGGCACGUCCAGGCCUGCUGUGCUCUCACUGGCGAGGGGCUGUAUCAAGGGCUAGAGUGGAUAGGAGCACAGACCAAGAAUAGAACCUAGUACAGUACAUGUAGUGUAAUCAAUUUCUAAUUUAUUCUUACUUCUACUCUUGUACACUUUAUUCACCAUCUCCCCAUCAGCACUAUGUGUAUAUGAAUAUUUAUCACUUCUCUUAAUUAUGACUUAGAGAUUAUUUUUGGCUCUGUAUAGUAAUUUUUAUAUAGGCCUAAUUGUCAAAAAAAUUUGAAAUUAUUAUUCUUGUCAUACGAUAUAUAAACUUGCUCAUAAAUUUUUUUUUAUUAAUGAUUGAUUUCUAGUUGACCACUGAUUGAAUUAUUAUUUAUAUUGACACAUGACAACAAAAUCAG